AGAGAUGUAAUGUUAGCAGCAGCAGACAAGUAUCUUAAAGGUUUAGCUGAGUGGAGUGUUCCGCGCGGUGGAAUGUUCAUUUGGUUCAAAUUACUUGGUGUAGAUGAUACUUACGAACUUAUAACUGAGAAAGCUGUAAAGAAGGAGGUGCUCUUUGUACCGGGGAUAUCGUUUUGUCCGGACCGAUCAAAACCAUCAUCCCAUAUAAGGGCAUGUUACUCGCUAGCAACAGAUGAGCAGAUGGAUGAGGGAAUUAAACGCCUGGCUAGUUUAAUUGUUGAAGCUCAGAAAGAAACCAAGUGAAGUUUGGCAGUAUUAGAACCAGAGAUAGGGCCCAGGAUUUAUCAAUCUCAGCUUAGCAAAUGUCUCAAGUCAAAAAAGUUUAGAUGUCCCUAAGCAAAUACCUUAAGCUGAUUUAUCAAAGCAUCUUAGCAAAAUCUUAGCUUAAAAUCGUCUUAGAUGGCGCAUUCGUACAAUUGACUCUUUAAUUUUAAGCUAACCAAUAUUGAUAAAUUUGACUUAAGCAAAAAUUGGACUUAAGAUGAAUUUAAGCUGAUUUCUAGUUUGGCUGGCCCUGGCUCACCAAACUUAAAACAGCCUAUAGGGCAUUUGAAAUCCAAUUCGCUAUACUCAAGUAUCAGAAAUAUACAUACUAUUCAUGAGUAAAUGCGGGUAGGUCUCUAAGCAGUGAUUGUGUGGUUUCCACAUACAGUACUAACAUACAGGGUAUUUAACUUAACUAUUAUUUAAUGUACUUACCAUCUUGAUAUGGAAGUGGGGUAUUUAGGAUCUGCAACAUGAAUUGACCUUGUUGUUAUGAAGUGAAUGGAUUGACCUUAAUUGAAGCUAUCAUCUUGGUAUGGUGGUAGUGGGGUAUUAAGAUUCUGGGACAUGGAUUGACCUUGUUGUUAUGUAAUGAAGCUAUCAUCUGAGUAUGGUAGUGGGGUAUUAAGAAUUUGCGACAUGGAUUGACCUUGUUAUGUAUUGAAGCUAUCAACUUGGUAUGGCAGUGGAGUAUUAAGAAUCUGCGACAUGGAUUGACCUUGUUAUGUAUUGAAGCUAUCAACUUGGUAUGGCAGUGGGGUAUUAAGAAUCUGCGACCUAUAUAUUAUGAUUGUGUUCAAAGUCAGAUCCAGAUUUGUUCCUCCAGGAUGCAAGGAUACUUUAUUCAUCCCACUGUGGGGAAAUUUAAUGGCUCAUUAUAUCAAUGUGAUUACAUCACUUCUACCUCUACCUGAUGUACUUAAGGCCAAAUAAAAAAAAUCACUAGUUUCACGUGCCAUUUUGUAUUCCUCACUAAUUUUUUUUUUUUUUUUUUUUUUUUUUAACGAAUGUACAAAAAUGUGGCUAACUCACAUCAGUAAAAUUCCUCUCUCGAUUGUUUGAAUCAUAUCUG